UCUUCCUGUAUCCAGUUCUCUUUAUACAUCCAUGAGCUUUCUCCCACGUCCUUAUUUUGCCAAGUGGUUGUUGUCCUGAGACCAUUUUGUGAUGUCAUCACGCUGCAACCUAACAUGAAACGCCCUCUGCAGCCUAUCUUGGAGUUGGUCCCGGGUGUGUCCAUGCUGAAUUUUGACUAUAAAAACCCCCACUGUUUGAGCUUCAAAGCACUCGGCGACACUCAACUAAGGCAAGAUGACCAGUCUCACUGCUAAGGACAAAAGCGUUGUGAAGGCCUUCUGGGCUAAAAUUGCCCCCAAGGCUGAUGACAUCGGCGCGGAUGCGCUGUCCAGGAUGCUGGUCGUGUACCCGCAGACCAAGACUUACUUCUCCCACUGGAAGGACUUGAGCCCCGGCUCUGCCCCCGUGAAGAAGCACGGAAAAACUGUGAUGGCUGGAGUCGCUGAUGCUGUGACCAAGAUCGACGACCUGACUGCCGGUCUUCUCACCCUCAGUGAGCUGCAUGCCUUCACUCUGCGAGUGGACCCUGCCAACUUCAAGAUCAUCUCCCACAACAUCCUUGUGGUCCUGGCCAUCAUGUUCCCCGUUGACUUCACCCCUGAGGCCCAUGUGGCUAUGGACAAGUUCCUGGCUGCUCUGGCUCUGGCCCUGUCUGAGAAAUACAGAUAAACAGCUGAGGCAGAAGACGGAGACUGCAGCAAGAGUUCACUCUGCAAAUACUAAAUAAAUGCAUUAAAAAAACAAACAAACAUCA